AAUCACGUUUGAAAAUAUUUAUUGGUUAGUGCAGUAGUGUCACACAUUUAAUUAAAUAUUCAAUACAUAUGAAGAUAAAAAAAAUAUUUAUUGUUUUUGUGUAGAUAAAGAUAAGUGAAAAUACGCUAUAAAAUUGUAGCUAAAACUGAAGACCAAAUGCCAUGAAUCCACUCACAAAUGUUAAAAAUAUAAAAAAACUUGGGGAACAAGAAUUAUCAAGAGAAUCGAAAAGUUCAUGGCACGAUCAGUACAAAGAUAGUGCCUGGAUAUUUAUUGGUGGUCUUCCUUACGAUUUAACAGAAGGUGAUGUGAUAACUAUAUUUUCUCAGUACGGUGAACCUGUUAACAUACAUUUAGUAAGAGAUAAAGACACCGGUAAACAAAAAGGGUACGGAUUUCUGUGUUACGAGGAUCAACGAAGUACUGUUUUGGCAGUUGAUAAUUUAAAUAGUACUAAAAUACUAGGACGCACAAUAAGAGUUGAUCACGUAUCAGAUUAUAAACCUCCAAAGGAUUCUAAAAGAGUUGAUGAUGUCACGAAAAAAUUGAGAUCCGAAGGAUGUGGUCCUAAAAGAUAUCGAUAA